AUGUUCACGAGUUUUGUCAUUAUUUUAACGAUGUUCACUAGUGUUCAUAUGUCAUGUGGGGGAGGAGUGCGUACCAGAACCAGAACCUGCAUCACGACUUACCCAAGAGUGAUGCCCGCCGGCGUGAGGACGACCCACGACCAGUGCGCCGGCGACAGCGUGGAGUACAGCGUGUGCGGCGUGAAGGCUUGUCCUCCGGGGAUGGUGUCUGCCGUGUCCUUCCGAGCCGCCCAGUGUCGCCACUACAACAACAGGCGCGUGUUCGGCAGGGUCGUCAACAACUGGGUUCCUUAUACGCAAGGAGGCAUCAACCCGUGCGCGCUGGUGUGCGAGGGCGAGGGCGAGGGCAUCGUCUACACCUUCGGGAAGGUCACGGACGGAACCCACUGCCGCACGGACCAGGCGCAGGACGGCCUCUGCGUCAACGGCCGCUGCCUGCGCCUCUCAUGCGAUGGUCGGUUGGGCGGGACUGCGAGGGAGGACAUGUGUAGGAUCUGCGGAGGACACAACGAAACGUGUACGCGACAUGUUGGCGUCUUCCACACCGACCUCCCUGCCGCCGACCAGCCGUCGUCGCUCACCCGCGCCGGCGACAGAUCAGCCAGAAAUUAUGGUUACUAUGAAGUGUCUUACAUACCGAAGGGCGCGACCAACGUAAGGGUGAGAGAUACUUCGCCAAACUUCUUGGCUCUGAAGGCCGGGAGCAAAUUCCUGCUGAACGGUGAUUGGCUGAUCGACUGGCCUGGGGAGGUCGACGCGGGCGGCACUCUCUUCACCUACGCCCGCAACGAGGACGAGUCGGAGAGUCUCAGCGCCCUGGGACCCACCUCCGAAGACCUCACGCUCAUGGUGCUGCUCCGCGAACACAACCCGGGCAUCUACUACGAGUACUGGACCCCCAACUCGCGUCGGCGAGGCCCCUCCCGCCGUCGUCCCCUCCCGUCCGUCGCGACCUCCUCCACCCGGCCACGACCCCACCCGCUCCGCCACCCCCGACGACUUCCCAACCACCACGACACGACGACUCCGACGCCACGCCCGGCAGUGCUGACGAGUGUGAACGUGACGAGGAUCCGAAAGCCGCCCUUGAGGACGCCUCUCCGCCGGCCUCGUCCUCGACCUCGACCUCCGUUCCGACGUCGCCCGCCCUUCGCCCACAGACGACCUCCUCCCCCCGAACCGCGAGGACAACGACACGUACAGACCCAAGAAGCCCGUCAAGCCGUACAAGAAGCCCUCGAAAGGGAAGCCCAAGGGGGAGGAGGGCAAGGGAGGGAAAGGCAGACGGAAGAAGAAGAAGAAGCAGCCCGAAGUCCCUGCCUCCUGCGGCCCCUGCGAGAGGCCGCGGCGCGCCAAGCAGAUGUUCUGCACAGCGACUUCGUGUCGCGCGUCGAGGUGAUCAACAGCGAGCCGGUGGGCGGGGAGCGCCGCUACGAGGUCCUCGUGCACCAGUCCUACAAGAACACGGUGCCGCUCCUCCACAAGGAGUUCCUGUGGGUGGACAACAACUGCCUGUGCCCCAAGAUGCGCCACGGGCGCUCCUACCUGGUCAUGGGGUCAACGGAGGUCACGCGGGGCCGCGAGGUGCGGCUCGUGCUUCGGAACGGCAGCUACGUGCGCCGGUACACGCCCCGGAACCUGGCGCGGAUCCUGCGCGUCCGACACAACGAGAUGCGCUUCUGCCGGCCGUGGCGGAGGGACCUGCGCUUCCUGCGGCCGGAGGACAAGGCCCUCAACGCCACCGCCGCCAACGCCACCGCCGGCGACGCCAGCGCCUCCGCGGCCUCGACGGCGGGCUCCUCGGCCGUGCUGCUCGUGGGCACGUAACGGCCGACUCCCUCAGGCGGCCAGGCGAGGCCCAGGAGCUCCCGGAACCGCGAUGCGAGUCUUUGGUUUCGUUUUCUCCAGUCCACUUCAGUUCUCUUUUUCUUCCUCUUCACUUCCGCUUUUCCCUGAAGAGUGUGAAAGAUAUAUAAAUCCUUCAGGAAGCCUUUACUUGAGUUUCUUCCAUUUUCCUCCUUCGUUUCCUCCCCAGGAGCUCUUAGGAAAACUAUACAUAGUCCUAUUAUAUAAGGAGCACGGAAUAAAACACUCACUGCUGAACUCACACUAAGGAAUACGAAAUAAAAAGUGAAAUAUUCAAAAGAAAGACUCACGCCAUAUCUCACACGACACUGCCGAGCAAGAUUGGGAGAAAAAAAAGGGGUAAAUCCUCUGCCAGAGCACCUUCGCUACAGCUUCUGCCAGUAGACGAGAAAAAGAGCUUGUUACUGAGCGUUAGGUUCGGUUUUCUUAAGGAUCUGAGGCCAAGGAAGGUGAGAGACACAGUGGCAUGACAGGGAGUAAAAGGCAUCGAACAGGAGGUCAUAAACUUGGGUUAUUGCGUGGCAUUUUUCGGUGACUAAUCGGUGAUGAUUCGGAGGACCGGCGACUCCUCAGAACAAACAAACACAAAAGGGUUUACGAGGUGGCUUCAACUCUUUUUUUUUUUUCUUUUUUGAGAAUUUACGAUCAUCGAGCUAAUUUGACCAUGACGAAAAGCGAGAGAAUGACUGACAGAUUUACGAGGCAGAGAUGGAGAAAAAGAGAGAAAGAGAGAGGGCGAGACAAGAGAAAGAGACAGCGAUAAAGACCGAGAGACAACAACAGAGGACUAAGAAAUACCAUGCUGUUAGCACCAUCCUCCGAGUGGCGACUACUCUACCAUUCAAGACAUCCAUGGCAAAGUCUGCAACAGUGAACAUUGCAAACCAACAAGGCCAAAUAACACUCACCUGAAGGCCUACUAACCCCUUGGGCUAAUGAAGCAGACAGAAACCAGGUGCGGAAACCACUCGGAAGCCUCCAAGCCUCCCACUUCUUAGAACUGAAAUGAUUCAACGUGUUUGUGUGUUGGGAAACGACUUGUUUGUCUUGUGGGACAUCUUAGAAUUUUACUUUUAUUGGUAUUAUUAAGGAUUUUGAUCCGACUUAUAUAUUUAUUUGGGGGAAGUGUGUGCGUGUGCGUGCGAUUAUCUAAGAGUCGUUGAAUGUUAUUUAUAGCGAGGUGAACAUGGACGAUGUGAUCGGACAGUGAAAAUAUGUUCGCCGGCAAAGAAAAAUUUGGAGAACAAAAUAGAGGAAAAGAAAAAUUUUGAUUUGAUUUCCUUUUUCAAAAAAAAUUAUCUGACUUGUAUUAUACCUGCUGAAAACUCUCAAAAAGGAACAAGGAAUAUAGGGAAAAAAUAUUCGUAUGUGACCAAAUCCUCUACGAGUGGUAGAACCUUCAAAAACUUGAAAAAAAAGAAAAAAAGAAAAGAAAAACACGCUUGAAAUAAUAUCACUGUGAAAAAGAAGACUGAAGCGUGAACAAGAACAUUAUAUAUAGAAAAAAAGAAAUAAAAAAACAACAAAAAAACAUGACUUCGACCUUUGUGUAGUUUUGACUUAGUUGUGUAUAUAGGCGGUAUAAACAAGAAAACUUGGUGUUGUAGAGUAUGAGUUAAUUUUUAUACAGUAAUGUAGGGGACACUUGUGACUGUGAUACCUGUAAAUAGCGAACUUAAAGUUAUGUGAGGUAUUAUGUGAGGAAAAAUGAGUUUAAUUUUGUGCAUGACAAAGCGAAUUUCAAAGCGCUCGGGAGAAAGACGUAUCUAAACACGUUUUAUGUGUUUCGGAGAGAGAGAGAGAGAGAGAGAGAGAGAGAGAGAAAGAGAGAGAGAGAGAGAGAUGUCCGUUCCUGGAUUCAAACACAAUGAAGACGCGGCGAAGAAGACUGAGAGAACGGAAGAUUUUGGAGAAGACUGGAGAAUGUUUUGCGUUUGAGAGUGAAUUUUUUUUUUUUUUUUUUUUUUUUUGGAAAAGAUUGAGGAUAUUUUCUGUUUCAAUUUCUGAGAAUAUUUUUGUUUGAGAAGGAAUUUGAAGACUGAACACAUUUUCUGUUUGAGUGAAUUUUGAGAAGACAGAAAUAUUUUGCGUUUGAGAAUGAAUUUUGAAAAAGGAUGAGAAUGCUUUCUGUUUGAGAGAAUUUUUGAAACAGACUGAAAAUAUUUUCUGUUUGAAUUCCUGAGAAGAAUGAGAAUAUUUUCUGUUGGAAUUCUUGGAGGACAGAUAAUAUUUUCUGUUUAAGAAGGAAUUUUGGAAAAGACUGAGAAUAUUCUCUUUCUGAGAGUGAAAAGAAGUGAUCGAAGAAAAUGACUUACUACGAAGACGGAUAAAGAAAUUAGAAGAAAAAGAAAGAGAGAGAGAGAGAGGAAGAGACAACUAAUUCUUCUUCUUAUCACGCAUUCUCUCCUAUCUCCAGCGUGCGUUAUAUGAUGCGGGUAAAGCACACACCAUGAAACAUAUUAGGUCAUUAUAUAAUAGCCUUUUUGUAACAUGAAAAGCUACCAAUAUACUGUAUCAUGUUA